AUGGAGGUGUGGGAGACAGCUGUGAGUCACCCGGCCCUAUCGGCGGGGCAGGCCCGGGCGGGUGGGGGUCGCCGAGAUCCGGGCGGAGGGCUCAUAAGGCGAGGAGCGGCCGCGGCCCUCGCAGCCCUCAUGGAGCCCCUCAGCAUCCCGGCAGGCGAUGCCCCGCCGCGCCGCGCCGCCCCGCGGGAGGGCGGCCGGAGGAAGCGCACGUCCUUCAGCAAGGCGCAGCUGGAGCUGCUGGUGCGCACCUUCGAGAAGCAGCCGUACCCCGGCAUCGCCCUGCGCGAGCAGCUCUCCGGCCUCACCGACAUCCCCGAGUCCAGGAUCCAGGUCUGGUUUCAGAACAGGAGGGCCCGGCAGCUGAACCGCAAGAAGAACGAAGGCGCGGUGCGGCCCUCGCAGCCGGCGGCCGCCAAGGAGGAGCGGGGGCUCUGCGGCGGGGGCGGCCAGCCCCGGGGCCUCGGCGCCGAGCAGGCCCUGCAGCCGGGGCUGUCGGGGGGCAACCAGAGCUGCUCCGGCCAGCCGCUGCCCUGCUCCGGGCCGCAGUACGCGAGGCUCGAUGCUCACUGGAGGAGCUUUGGAGUCCCCGGUCAGACCCCGUCUCACUUCGGCCUGGACUAUAUGGGAAAAGGGGAGCAGUUCGGUGCGGGAACCGUAGGCACUGCCCCUCAGUACGCGCUCCCUGCGCAGCAAGCGCAGGACUACCCGUAUCUGAAGACAUCCCUUCCUGAAAACUACUACGCAGAUGUCUUCCAGCCAUGUACAGAAGAUUACCUGUAUCUAGCAGCUAAAGAGAACACGUAUAGCAAGCCUGUCUUUAGCUACUUAAAUGCUGACCAAGGUCUGGUCGAUGAGACCUACUCAUAUAUCAAGCCUAACACCUCUCCCUUCAGUAACGGUUCCAUUCCGAGCUGUGGGGAGGGAGAGUCUAUGCUUGAGCUGAAGCAGAUGAGGCACAGCCCUCCUCAUUUUGCAGCUAGCGAGGCAAGUCCUCCUUCGGUACCUGCAAAACACGAAGGGAGGUACCAGGGGACGUGUGCUGCUCCAGACCCAUUGUACGGGCAGCAGCUGCUGGGGACAGUGAGUGACUGCGACCCUCAUUGGCUGGGUAUGAGAAAUGAAAUCUGGGGAAAUGGUUUAGACUCACUGUUGGAGCAAAAUGGGCAGCAGGGUGGGCCUCAAAGUUACCUUUUUGCUUUGGGUGGCCAGAAUUCCGCCUGUCAUUUGGGUCACACAUGAAACGAUGGCGGUGAGGCUGCUUGAUGGGAAAAUCAUCUUUUACUUUGUUCGAUUGGCAGUGUUGUCCCAAAGCGGUUAGAGGUUUUGCAGGUGGAAGGAUGGAGCGCUGGCUGUGAGCUUCAGGUGCUGUCUGGAAGGGAAAUGAAGAUGAGGAAAGCCAGCAAGGUGCACAGGAGAGCAACCUGGGGAAGGUGUGUUGCCCGUCCCUCUCCUGUCCUGCUGGCAUUGUCACCAACCAGCAUUCCUGUGAGCAUUUGGCUUUCGGUAGCUUCACAUCAACCUGCGUGUACAGACAUACCUCAGUACCUCACGUACCUCAAUACCAAAGACUUUGUCUUCUGCUGCUCAGACCGCGUUGGAUUCUACCUGGAAGCCUGGGGCUGCUCAGUUGGUUUUGUAGUCUUACCGCACAAGAUUUCGUUUGUAUCUGGGUGUGAAUUCACUUUCUUUAACUUAAGAAGUGUAGAAAACAGACGUUGUAUUUAGAGCCUCUAGUGGAGAAAGCAUGAAGGCAAGAUGGUCUGAGCGUGGGAAAUGCAGCCUUGGUGGCGGCAGGCUGGCUCACUGGGUGUAUUUGUGUUUUAGGUGUGCUCCUGAUAAAGGACACUCCUCCUGCUAUCUCCUUAGCUAUUUAAUGUAUAGUAUUUUCAUGUAAAAAAAUGACCAGAGGUAUAGCCUUUUGGAAGGCUUUCUUUUGGUGAUUUCCCGUUGUGUAAUUUUUUUUUUUUUUCAAAUUGUUUGCUAAUAUUUGCAAGGAAUCAUGUGGAUGUAAUUUAAUUAAAAUCAAACAAACACAGACCAACUCCAAACUAGCAAUCUUCAGAGUACCAAAGGAAGGCUUUUGACCAGGGUGAUAUGGAACUUGCAGAACUGCACUCGGGGUGAAGUGUAAUUGUGUUCCUUCUUUGCACUUGACACGCAGGCCCUGCUUUUAGCCUUCUUGAACUCCUCAGCCAUCUAUAAGACCGCUGUCAUCUUAACAACAUCUAAAUGGAACUCCUGGAGGGCUGUGUAGCUCUGGGAGGCUUCCACGGCUGGGUGUUAAAGCAACAUCAGGCAUUGGAUAUUGAAAUCUAUACGUGCAAAUCCUUGGGGUUUUUUUUUUUGUUUGUUUUUUUUAAUGCUUAAAAUAUGGCUCUGGAAUAUUUGACAUAUAGCUAGAUUCUAAGACAACACUGUUAACUGCUUUUAUAUGGAAUGAAAUAAAUGUAAUAAAACGAGACUUAAACACGGGCCAUUGUUUUAUUAAUGAAAAUGGUAUCUCUGUGAAGGAGCUCCCUAGCAAGUUGUGUACACAAAGAAAGGGAAAAAGCCUAUCAGGCCUGGCUUUUGUCAGUAAGUUUUAGUUGUGGCUGUGAAGAAGUCAUUAAACUUUUCUACCCUGGCCUAAAGAACUGGGACUCCCAUGUGCUGGGGAGGUACCAAAGCUGCAGACAACCAUAGAAUGGCCUGGGUUGAGAAGGACCACAAUGAUCACGUAGUUCCAACCCCCUGCUAUGUGCAGGGUCGC